CUUUCAUUUUCUCAAGGACCAAAUAUCAAGUACCAACCAGAAAAGCCACAACCAAACAAUCUUGAAAACCUCACACCUCCUCUUUCUUUGAUUGAAAUUUCUCUUUCCCUGUAGCCUUUCUCUUUCUCUGUGUAUGUAAGAUCUUUGUUUCUCUCAGAACUCUGUUCAGAAAGUUGUGUGGUCUCAGAUCCCAAUAUAGCAGUAGCAUCAUCUUUCCUCUUCUCUUCUUUGCACCCUUAACGAGAUAUGCAACUGUCAAACGCCAUAAUGACAUGAAGCUCACAGCCUCGAGCUCACAAGCCUCUUUGAAUUUCUCUGCUGUGGUCCUCCUCCUCUCAAACCUACACAGCCCCCCAAAACCCUCUAUUCUCCACUACCCUUUAUAAUUCUGAUUCUUGUCUUCUCUUCCAGACCCAUCUCUCCAAAACCCAACUCAUAAAAAAAAUGCAAGACAGUGGCUUGGGAAUGAUGGGUUCCGGCGGAGGUCUGAGUGGCGGUGGUGGUGAUGACCAUGCUCACCAACUCAAGUCGGAGAUUGCCACACACCCUCUCUACGAACAACUCCUGUCGGCACACGUGUCUUGUCUUCGUGUCGCCACGCCUAUCGAUCAGUUGCCGCUGAUUGACGCUCAGCUCUCUCAGUCACACCAUCUCCUCCGCUCCUACGCCUCGCACCACCAACAACACGGCCAUUCUCUCUCGCCUCAUGAGCGCCAAGAGCUCGAUAACUUCUUGGCGCAGUAUUUGAUAGUGUUGUGCUCGUUCAAGGAACAGCUUCAGCAACAUGUGAGAGUCCACGCCGUCGAGGCGGUCAUGGCCUGCCGUGAAAUUGAAAGCACCUUGCAGGCUCUUACCGGAGUUACCCUGGGUGAAGGAACAGGUGCAACAAUGUCAGAUGAUGAAGAUGACAUGCCAACGGAUUUCUCUAUGGAUCAAGCUGGCUCUGAUGCCCAUGACAUGAUGGGAUUUGGACUCCCUACUGAAUCUGAAAGAUCUCUCAUGGAAAGAGUUCGUCAAGAAUUGAAGAUUGAGCUCAAGCAGGGUUUCAAGUCGAGAAUUGAGGAUGUGAGGGAGGAAAUCUUAAGAAAAAGAAGGGCAGGAAAAUUACCUGGGGACACAACUACAGUGCUGAAGAAUUGGUGGCAGCAACACUCGAAGUGGCCAUAUCCAACCGAGGACGACAAGGCAAAACUUGUGGAAGAGACAGGGUUGCAGCUUAAGCAAAUAAACAAUUGGUUUAUCAAUCAAAGGAAGCGCAACUGGCACAGCAACUCUCAAUCAGUGACUUCUUUGAAGUCGAAGCGCAAAAGAUGAGACGGGUGUUCAAAGGAAGAAGUAAAUGGUGAACUUACUUUUGUGUCUGAUAUAUAUUGAUAUUUUGUGACUUUGGGGAGGAGUACAUAUAAUCUAGCCUAGCCAACACUUGUGAAAGCAUUGAAGGGUUUAGAUGUUUGAUACAGAGGUAACAAAUGGGCAACAAAUAGCUUAAUUACAUGUGAGGUUGGUAAAUUUUAUGUUUUCAAUGGAGCUGUACGUGGUACUACUCUAUCUCUGUUGUACUAUAUUCAUUUACUUAAUUUUGAGUUUGCUUCCAUUGACAGUUGCAAAUGUAGACUGGUUAUGAUCUGUUUCUGUAAAAUUGUUGCAAUAUUUCUAA